AUGAGUCUGGGUAGGCAGGUGGAUCAACAAAAGUUUUCUGCCCACAAAAUCGUGCUGGCAGCCACGAUUCCCUUCUUUGAUGCCAUGUUUUUAAGUGGGAUGAGUGAAGCCACAAAACGUGAAAUAACUAUUAAAGGCAUUGAUCCAGCUGUACUGGAAGCGUUUAUCACGUUUGCUUACACUGGUGAAAUUCAAAUUACUCCAGGGAAUGUACAAGCAACUCUGAUUGGCGCCAGUUUUCUCAAUAUCGAUAGUGUUCGAAAUUUCUGUUGCCACUAUAUUGAAGAAAGACUAACCCUGGAGAACUUAUUACAAGUCCGCAGUUUUGCCUCCAGCUUUCUUUGCUCAAAUCUCGUUUCUGCUUGUGAUCGCGUCAUUCAUGAAAACUUUGAGCAUCUGGUCACAUCAUCCGCCUUCUUUGCUGCCCUUACUGGGCCUGAGUUUUGCAAGCUCCUCGAGAGCGACGAUCUGCAAGUGAGCAAUGAGGAGCGCGUUUUCCACUCUAUCAUCGCCUGGUGUGAACAUCAGUCCUCUCCCCCUUUUAAUGCCGACAGUCCUAGCUUGAGUCGCUCACUUCAGUCCCUCCAAACUACAACUGCCUCCGAUAUUACAAUUACUGAUGGUCUCAUAUCUCUCUCACUUUCUCCAUCAGCUGCUGCCCCUCCACCUCCACCUUCCUCUAGGCUCAGAUAUCUCCCUGAGCUGCUGGCUCGUGUCCGCCUCCCUCUCCUUUCCGCCCAAUUCAUUCGCGAUGUAGUUUCUAAGAAUCCUCACGUUCGAGCGGACAUGGCGUGUCGAGAUUUAUUGGAUGAGGCUCGUGAUCUUCUACUCAUGCCAGACUCACUUUCUACCUCCACCUGUUCUUUUGUGUGCCGCCCGCGACGCGGACAGGAGGUCCCUGGAGUAAUUUAUGCUGUGGGAGGCUACUCUUCGGAUGGAGACUGUCAGAGCAUUGUAGAAGCUUACAAUCCUUUAGUGGAUAGGUGGGAAGUGGUUGAAAGCUGCCUGUACGCUAUCGGUGGGCUGGAUGGCAGUUCACGUCUGAACACUGUGGAGAAGUUUGAUCCGAAGACAGGUGUCUGGCAACGGGUAGCUUCUAUGAACUACCGACGAAGUGCCCUCGGCGCUGCCGUCCUUGAUGGUCGAAUCUACGUCUGUGGUGGCUACGACGGGAUAUCUUCGCUUCGCACCUGUGAGGUGUACAACCCAGAACAAAAUCGGUGGCAAGUUAUUCCUAGUAUGACAGAGUGUCGAUCUGCUGGUGGCGUGGUGGCUCUCGAAGACGGCCGUCUCUUCGCCAUCGGAGGUCACAGUGGUCUGCCAAUCUUUGCCUCAGUAGAGUGCUACCACCGCCGCGGACACCAGACGCCUCUAGUCUCUACUGUUUCUGGCCCCACUUCCGUCCCCUUCAACCCUAGUGGUCGUCGAGUCUGGUGCCAAGUCGCUCCCAUGCUCCAUCGUCGCUGUCGCCACGGUGUUGCCGUCCUCCGUGGACGCAUAUUCGCCGCAGGUGGUUAUAAUGGGUGUCAUUUCUUGCGUUCUGUGGAAGUAUACGAUCCCGCUUCCAUCACACUCACUGGUAUCGGCAGCGGCGACCCAAAAUUGGGUCAGUGGACUGAAGUUGCUUCUUUGGCCACACCGAGGUCAAGAGUUGCUUUGGCGGCUUCUGGCGGUCGGUUGUAUGCUAUUGGCGGAUUUGACGGUGAACAAAAUCUUUGCUCUGUUGAGUGUUUUCAACGCUGUGAGAUCUCCUCCUCUCGCAGUCACUACCUUCGCCAUUGCAUUCGUCUCGCCGAAGAUGACACGGAUGAUGAUGGGAGAGUAUCCGUAGUUGUAGUUGAAGAAAAUGAAUAUGGGACAGGAGGGACAAGUGGUGAACCCAAUCCCAUCACGAUUACUCCCUCCACCUCCCAUACCAUCUUAUCACCCUUAGAUCUUCAUCAACACCACCUCAACCAUCACAACCAACAUUAUCGGGGACGGAGUGGUAGUCUCCGCGAUCGCCAGUCUCGACAUUGCAAGUCGAGGGAUGACGAGGAUCUGGAGGAGUGGUUGGGAGAGGGUCCGCGAAGUCUCUUGGUACCGCGAGUCGGGAUGCCCUUCCAAACAGAACUGGCUGCAAUUACUGCUCCUCAGGGAACCACUACUGUUACUAACAGUGAUGAGGGUUCAAUGGAUUUACCAACCGUUACAACGGAGGGUCUUGAUUCAACAGAGAGUCUAAUCGAACUGCUCACCUUCCAGUCGACAACAAGCAGUCCUGGCGAAUUGGGUCCACGUACUCCACCGCCAUCGCAGCCACCACCGCCUCCACCGUAUCCCUCCUCAACCAGUGAAAUGUCGAUUUCAGGAGACGACGUCUUUGCAGACUGGCAGUGGAUGCCUGCAAUGCCGCUGAUAGCUCACGAGGGUGGUGUGGGUGUUGGGGUCAUCCCACUCUACUGA